AUGGAUGCAACUGCAUUUCAAGCGCAAAGAGCUGCCUAUUUUCGUAAGCUUGACGAGUUACGUGCUGCUCAUUAUAUUCUCUAUUACCAUGAUGAAACAUGGUUGAAGAAAUAUGAAGAAAAAACGUUCAUUUGGUUUGACGAUGAAGGUUACGGACCUGAGCACGCAGAGGCUUAUUUCAAGCAUGUUAAAAAACAUGAACAAGCUUUUCAAACUGCUGAUAAGUUGGUGGAAGAAAUGGAAACCGACCUGGUAGACGACGACGAUGAAGGUGCUAAAGAGUCAGGUGAAGAGAAUGAAGAAGAAUGA